AUGGAGCAGCUAAACGGCUUAGCUAAACGGAACCUACGUCUUAUGGAUAUGAGCCACAUGCACGCAGGUAUUAACGGAAUAGGGUUCCCUUUCUCUCAGGCAAUGACCGUCCAUCAUCGGGGAAGCCAGGAAGUCCAAGCGACACCUGCGGACAUGCUCAACCCUUUCAUCGACUCAUCCGGACACAUGGGGAGCAUCAAACUGAGCCCCCAGCAUGGGAUGCCCGGAGAUGUCGUCCACCACACCCAGCCUACUCAUCAGUAUGGUCCACAGAGUAACGGCUAUGGUGUUCCACACUCGCAUCAUCAUCAUCACCAUCAUGUGGGAAGCUAUGCCGCGAGAGACUUCCUUUUGCGACGAGACCACAUGCCUUCUUUGGCCAACAACUUGGCCACCCAUGACCCUCUGUCAUCAGGAACGCAAACUCAUCAUGGUAUGUUUGUAUCGACGUCGACGGGACUUCAUAGUCAUCAUGGUGCAGAUCCAACUUCAUCUUCACAUGUUCUGUUCCCCAGUCUCGAUCAUCAUUCUCACAGUCAUGGACAAAUGCGCCUUUCUUUGCCUGGUUCGGACAUGUACGGGAGAACGGAUUCUUUUAACCACAUGGGACCAAGAACAGAUUCCCUCAUGGGAAGCAGUUAUGGACAUAUGCCUCACAUGGCAGCGCCUGGUGCUUUUUUCAGGUACAUGAGACAAUCCAUUAAACAAGAAUUGACUUGCCACUGGAUUGAUCAAGACCUCCCACAUCCGAGGAAACCUUGCAACAAGACCUUCAACUCCAUGCACGAAAUAGUUAGCCACAUUACCGUGGAGCAUGUUGGUGGUCCUGAGUGCACGAACCAUUCAUGCUUUUGGGAAGAUUGUCCUAGGAACUCGAGGCCUUUUAAAGCCAAAUAUAAACUAGUUAACCACAUUCGAGUACAUACAGGGGAAAAACCAUUCCCUUGUCCUUUCCCAGGAUGUGGAAAAGUAUUCGCCCGUAGUGAGAAUUUAAAGAUACAUAAACGAACUCAUACAGGUGAAAAACCUUUCAAGUGCGAGUUCGAAGGCUGCGACCGAAGAUUUGCGAAUAGCUCAGAUCGCAAGAAACACUCUCACGUACACACGAGCGACAAACCUUACAACUGUAAAAUCCGCGGCUGCGACAAGAGCUACACUCAUCCCAGCUCUCUGCGCAAGCACAUGAAAGUCCACGGCAAGUCACCCACGCCGCCCGGCAACCACACUCCCGGCGGCAGCUGCACGUCCGGGUCCGGCUACGAUAGUGAUGCCGGUGCCGGACACCUACAGGUUGAAGAUACCGCUGCAACAUCUCUGGUCACACCGCCGUCUGCUGUUUUGCCGCCGCCACCGACAGCUUCUAUUCACCAUCACCAUCAUCACCAUCAUCCGACGAAUCUCAGUGAGUGGUACAUCUGUCAGUCUGCUGCAGGAAUGCCAACACCCCCCAGCAAUGAACACUCGCCCUUGGCAGGGCACACCUUACAUUCGAUAACUUCCAAUUUCUGA